GCAUGAACAAGGCUGGGCUGUGGACUUCUCGGUCAAACGUUUACACUUGGCUCCACGUUUGAUCUCCACAUUUAACUAAAUCUGGGCUCCUGUCAAGCGCAAAACCCGACGAGGACACACAGACGGAGCAUUCAAGACUUACCUGGACUUGUAUUUAUUUAUUUUUGAUCCAGUACCAGAGGAUAGUUCUUCUUUGCAGCACUGCUAGAGGCACAGGGAAUAUGAGUGCCGACUUGGGCCACUGAGAGAGCGGCAAUCUGUAUAAGCGCUUGGUGUCUUUUACAGUGAGCAGAAAUCAGAUAAUGCAGCAUCCCUUGGACAUGGGAGCGCAUUACUAUCCUCCCGAGGCUCAUCCCGACCACAGAUCUCAUCGGUACAGGAGUUUCAUGAUAGAGGAGAUCCUGACCGACCACCCGGAGCACAAGGUGUCUGCCCCGACCGGAGAGCUCCUCAAAUUCGGGGUACAAGCUCUCCUGUCGGCCCGGCCUUUCCACAGCCACCUGGAUCCGUUCAAGGAGAGCUGGAGCUUCCCAGGUCUCUACAGCCUUCUGCACAUCACAGCGUCUCCAUUCCUGAAGGCGGACCAGGCGAACCUCCUGAAGUUCCCCAUGUCCCCGCUGUCCUGCUCGCUGGGCUCCCCGCUCGGCUCUCCGCUGCUGUCCGGGGCUCCGGGCCUGCAGGUCGGCGCAGCGUCUCAUCACCUGCCGCUGGACCUCCACCUCCGGGGGAAACUGGAGCACGGCGUCGACGGAGGGAGCAAGACCAAGAAGGGCAGACGGAGCCGCACGGUGUUCACUGAGCUGCAGCUAAUGGGCCUGGAGAAACGAUUUGAGAAGCAGAAGUAUCUCUCCACGCCGGAUAGAAUAGAUCUAGCUGAGUCUUUGGGCCUCAGUCAGCUGCAAGUGAAAACGUGGUACCAGAAUAGAAGGAUGAAAUGGAAGAAAAUUGUGUUACAGGGAGGAGGCCUGGAGUCUCCAACUAAACCAAAAGGCCGCCCGAAGAAGAACUCCAUACCCACUUGCGAGCAGCUGUCUGAACAAGAGAGAUCUGCCGGUGACCUCGACCGUCAGUCCGAGGGUUUGAGCUCCCACUCGGACAACAAUCAGGAGGAAUGACCUGCCCGCCGUACAUUUUGACUCUGAACUUGACUUGUGUGCGUGGCGUCUGGGAUGCUCAGUGUGCGUUGUUCGGAUAGGGCCGAAAUCCAAAAUUCUGGCAUUCUGGCAUGGAGAAGAUAAGCAGUGAUCGUCCUGAAGGCGGAACUUCCUUCGCAGCCUCCUGUUUCCUAUUGCAUACCAAGGACUCACAGGCCCUGCAAGGCCUCCACUGUACAGCCUGUCAUCUUUCAAGACCCAUGUGUUUUUCUCAGUAGCCCUAUACCAUGCAUUCCCUCACGAUGAACUUGCCCGCUGUUUGAGGAGGGAACACAAACCUUCGCAGUAGGUCUACCCUUUCAUUGCAUAUUUUAAGGGCCCACUUUCAC